GGACCCCGUACGCUGUACACUGCCUUCAAAGUCUCAGGUGCUUUUCAACUAGCGCUCUUCGUCGAGCAUGGAGUCGCGACCAAAGGAGGGGUUGUUGCAUGUUGGUCGGUGAUGUGGAGGUCGAUAGGAUUAUCUAGCGUGCAUACUUAGUGCAGGAUUCUCGCCAGACGAUUAACGACGGAGUAUGGAGUACUCCGUUAGUCUUUGUUUUAUUCACCCUCAAUAAUUGCGCACAAGUUGUCUUCCAUCGAGUCGUCGCGCAUUCCAUAACCCCUGGCUCAACGUACCCGACUUGCGAAUCCUCCACCCUUCUCGUUCCAUCGAUACUUUUAACACGCUUGAUGUCAACAUGGCCAGCUCGCCGAGAAUAGAGAGCAAUCGAUCAACUCCUCAGAGUGGACCAGAGGAGGAUCCACUCCAGCACGAAGACGAGCUCGAAAUUGACGAGUCCGUCGACAACGACUCCGCCUAUGAAUCCUCCGUCGCAGGGAGUGACAGCACAUCCCUGCGCUCAUCUAUCACCGACUAUCAGUAUGAGAACGGCCGUAGAUAUCAUGCUUACCAUGCUGGGGAGUAUUUUCUCCCCAACGACGAGGCAGAGCAGGACCGUUUAGAUCUCCAGCACCAUCUUUAUCGGCUUAUACUCGGCGGUUCGCUGUAUACCGCCCCAAUUAAAGCUCCUCAGCGUGUUUUGGACAUUGGAACAGGAACCGGUAUAUGGCCCAUCGAGUUCGCGGACGAAUUUCCGGCUGCCCUGAUUGUCGGAACCGAUCUAUCACCUAUCCAACCCAGCUUUGUCCCACCUAACCUCAAGUUUUACGUCGACGAUUUUGAAGAACCAUGGGAUUUUGGCGAGGAUAAGAAAUUUGACUACGUUCAUUGGCGCUCACUCUGCGGAAGCACGAACAAUUGGGCGAAACUGUACCGACAGGCAUUUGAAAACCUCAAGCCCGGUGGGUGGCUGGAAGUUCAAGAAUACGAUGCAUGGAUUUUCAGCGAUGACGAUCCGGAACUGAAGAAGGCGCCAAACACCCUUCACUGGGUGACACAGUUAAGUGAUGUUAGCGAGAAGGUUGGGAAGCCGUUGAAUAUCGCCCGCUUCCAGAGGCAAUGGAUGGAAGAGGCUGGUUUCGAGGACAUCCAAGAAAAGAUUGUAAAGGUUCCCAUCGGCCCGUGGGCACGCGACAAGAAACUCAAAGAGCUUGGCCGAUUCGAACGUCUACACAUGAACGAAUCUGUGGAAGCACACUCCAUGGCAUUCUUCACCCGUGCUCUGAACUACUCCGUAGAGCAGGCAAAGGUGACCUUCGAACUGGUGAAGGGUGAAUUCAACGACAAAUCACUACACUUAUAUACCGUUUAUCGAUUCAUCAUCGGGAAGAAACCCAGCGCUUAAUCUGCUAGCUUAAUAUGUGUUCUCGAGAAUUGGUUAUGGAUGUCUCUCUGCCUCUCGUUUGAAAAUAAUUCGGAACACGAGCAGCCUAAGGCUAUGAAGUUAUGAAGCGAUAUCGGGUUAUUUGAUGAUCUCUCACACCUCUGAACUAUGCCCUUUUGUUGUUUAUUUGUGUUGGCGCACUGGGGAAAGCUUCCUGAAAAAAAAUAAAAAAUAAAAAUAAAAGAAAAGAAAAAAGAGUAGGG